CCCCGCCCCAGGCUGCCGCGGGACGGUGAAGGGGCGACUGCGGUCCACCUGUCCCCGGCAAACCUGAGCCUUCGGGCCUCCGGUGACUGGCCGAGGCGGCCGUGGACUCCGGGCCCGCGGGCAGGACAGGCUGCCCUUGGCCUCUGUUAUUUGCAGGCUGCAGCCCAGGGUCUUCCCCGAUGGCGGUCUGGGCUGCCGCCAGCCUGGGCAGGGCUGCUGUCCGCUUCAUGCGGGCGCGAGGCCCCAGGGCCCCGGCGGCUUUUCCGCGGCUUCCCCCGCCCUGCCAGCCCGAGCGCCGGGGCAGCUGCCCAGCUCCCGGCAGGACGCUGCACCUCACUGCGGCGGCCCUCGCCGGGCACAACAAGUGGUCCAAAGUCCGGCAUGUCAAGGGCCCCAAGGACGCCGAAAGGAGCCGCAUCUUUUCCAGGCUGUCGCUGAGCAUCCGCCUGGCGAUUAAAGAGGGAGGUCCCAACCCUGAGGUCAACAGCAACCUGGCCAACAUCUUAGAGGUGUGUCGCAGCAAGCACAUGCCCAAGUCAACGAUUGAGGCAUCGCUGAAAAUGGAGAGAACCAAGGACAUUUAUUUGCUUUAUGGGGGUCGAGGCCCUGGUGGCUCUUCUCUGCUCAUUGAGGUGUUAUCUAACAGUGGCUCCAAGUGCCUUUCGGACAUCAGACGUAUCCUGAACAAGAAUGGAGGAAUGAUGGCAGAAGGAGCUCGUCACUCCUUUGACAAAAAGGGAGUGGUCGUGGUUGGCGUGGAAGACAGAGAGAAGAAAGCUGUGAACCUAGAGCGCGCCCUGGAGCUGGCAAUCGAAGCAGGAGCUGAGGAUGUUAUAGAAACUGAAGACGAAGAGGAAAAAAACAUUUUUAAAGUACACGUCAGACAAAAAGCUCACACACUGCACAGACAUUUAUUAAGCGAAUAUCGGGUAAGGCCUACUCUGCUGAGAUUGAUGAGAAGGAUUCAGAAAAUUGAAAAAGAUGUCCUGCCAGUUAAGAGCUUAAACUCAGUAAUCUAUUACAGUAGCUUCUUUCAGACUUGUUACCUCCUGGCUCCUCACCUGCUGAUCUCCCUUUAUUUCCAGUUUAUUUGUGAUGCCUCUUCACUGCAUCAAGUGAGGAAGAAGCUGGACUCCCUGGGCUUGUGUUCUGUGUCCUGUAUGCUAGAGUUCAUCCCCAACAUCAAGGUGCAGCUGGCUGACCAUGACCUGGAGCGGGCCGCCCAUCUCAUCCAGGCUCUUGGCAGCCACGAGGACGUGAUCCAAGUCUACGACAACAUUGAGUAACCUGGCUGUAUGUGCUCCAGGCUCCUUCCUAGGCAAAUGGCAGCCCAUCAUGGAGCAAGGGCUUCCGCAGUGCCUCUGAGACUGCAGCAGUAGAGCAGCCUUACAGGGAGCUUGCUCUGGAAAGGAACUUGGUUGCUUGUGUGAUAGUCCUCCUCUGUGAUGCAGUUAACAAGCUCGGCUGAUAACUGAAAGGUUGAUGGUUUGGAGGUUCAAGUCCACCCAGAUGUGCCUUGGAAGAAAAGCCUAUGGAUCUGCUUUUGAAAGGUCACAGCCUUGAAAACCCUGUGGAGCAUAGUUCUACUGUGACUCACAUGGGGUCACCAUGAGUUGGAAUCAACUCUAGGGCAACUGGUUUAGUCUGAUAGGAUUUGUUAAUAUGGACUCUCAUGUAACCAGUUUUCUUACAAUCAAGGCAUGCUUGCAGUACUGCAUAGUGGGGCUCCUGUGAUGAUGGCUCUGCACUGACCCCUGGUGGUGGCCUGCAGUCUUUUAUGGGAAAGGUGAAAAUAAAACCUUACAUGAGCCUGCCUGUUCUGUUGCCUCUAGAUCUGGUAAGGAGAACCUUAGCUACACAGGUUUUAAAGAAUGGCUAUAUCCAUAUGAUGGGGUAUUACACUGCCACUAAAAAUUAUUUUUCAAAGAAUAUUUCAGACCAGAGGAAAUGUUUACAAUAUAAUGUUAAGUGGAAAAAAGGUACAAAACUGUAUGUAUCCAAACCAAACAAACUCGUUGCCCUCGAGUUGAUGCUAACUCAUAGCGACCCUAUAGGACAGAGCAGAACUGCCCCCUAGGGUUUCCAAGGAGUUGCUGGUGGAUUUGAACUGCCCACCUUUUUGUUAGCAGCCAAGUUCUUAACUAUUGUGCCACCAGGGCUCUGAGAUACACAUAUAUAACAUUAUAUAUACGACUUUUUAAAAAAGACUCAAAGGAAAUGUAUCAAAAUAUCAAAACUGAUUAUCUGUGGAUGGUAAUGUUAUGACUGAGUUUUAUUUUCUAUAAUCAUAUACUUUUAUCAGGGAAAAAAAUUUUUUUUAAUAGCCGUGUUAUUGCCCAACUAGGGAGACAGCAGCUGAGCGCUUGGCAGUUAGGCUCACGUUAAAGUCAGAGGAAUGAGGUCACUAUGGGGUUGACUUUGCCUUAUCUUUGGUCACUGUCUUAGCAACACAAGUCUCAAGGUCUGGGGCUCACUUUCAGGCAUCCUUUCGGUGGAAUGGCGGUAUCUGUGACAGGCUCUGUCCACAGCUUUGACUCUUACUAGAAGCACUGGCGUGGUGUGUAGCCACCAUCCCUCGGCCACAGCCCCGGCUGAAUGGAACAGGGACAGUGGGGGCUCUGCCUCCAUCCAGCUGUGGAAAUUAUUACUUUCCCCCCCCGCCCCAAAACUUAAAGCAGUCAGUAAAGCUUCAAACUCUAAGCAUCCCCUGUGCUUAGAAAGUACUGUGAUAGAUCCCAUGUUAGUCUUCGCUGAAAUCACUAUAUUCCAUGCCCAGCCAGUGAAUAGGAUAGCAGUUUUUAUUUUUUCUUCUUUUUAAUCUUUUUUUUUUUCUGGUCUAUGCCAAACAGGUAACAUUUGUUGAUAGUUUUUAAAAAAAGUCAAACCUUAAGGAGAUAUAUAACAAAUUGAAGUCCCACCUGAUCCUAUCUCACAAGAAAUAACCACUGUUAACAACCUACCCUAUAUUUUUCUCAUUCUGUUCUCUGGAACCAAUCUGCUAAGGAACAAAUUCUGGCUCUGCCAAUGACUACCAACCUUGGACAAGAAUUUAACUUCUCUGUACCUGUUUCCUCAUCUGUUAAAUGGGGGUAUUAAUCCUACCUAUUUCAUAGGGUUGUUUUGAGAAAUAAGUUAAUAAAUGUUAAACACUUAAAAUAGUGCCCAGUAACAGCAAGUGUUCAAUAAAUGUUGGCCUUUUCCCCGUUAAAUAUGAAUGAAAUUUUUUUCUUAAAUAUGAUCACUGUAUACAUUUCUGCUUUAUAAUCUAGUUUUUUUUUCGGUGUUGUUGUUUUGUUUUUACUGCACAAUAUAUCCUAGACACCUUUUGGUACCAGUACAGAGAAGUCCACUUCAUUCUUUUCAGCAGCUACAUAGUAUUUUAUUAUAUUGAUGUAUCAUAAUUUAUUGAAUUAGCCUCUUAUCAAUGGACAUUUGGAUUGGUUUGGAUUGUCUGUCUUACAAAAGACGCUGCAGUGAACAUUCCCCCCCCCCUUUUUUUUUUGUUGUGCUUUAAGUGAAAGUUUACAAAUGAAGUCAGUCUGUCAUACAAAAACUUACAUACACCUUGCUAUGUAUUCCUAGCUGCUCUCCCGCUAAUGAGACAGCACACUCCUCUCCACCCUGUAUUCCCGUGUCCAUUCAACCAGCUCCUGUCCCCCUCUGCCUUCUCAUCUCACCUCCAGACAGGAGCUGCUCACAUAGUCUCAUGUGUCUACUUGAGCCAAGAAGCCUUUAAGAUAAAUUUAUAGAAGUGGAAUUUCAAAAUGAAAAGGCGGUUUUUUGUUUGUUUGUUUAGAAGUAAAUGUUGAUAAUUUAUAAGACAUUAUGGUUGCAAAAUUCUUCAAUGAGGUGUACAUUAUCCCUUGACAACUCAGGUAAACUAACCAGCUAAACUGAUAAUGUGAAUAUGUUCUACUUUACCUCUGAAUUAGAAUUUUUCUUAUCAAAUCAGGUAAUAGGUUUGUUGGUUUAUUUUUUAUACCAAAUCCAUUGAGCUAUCUCUAAGAGAAUUUAUUCAUUUGUAUGCACUGCCCCCUGUGGUGUCCAAAUGUCCCCAUGUUGUUGAGGGGGAAAAAAGUUGCAAAGUGUGCAGCCUGGUGUGUGUUUGGGUCACCUGAUGGAACUGGUACUCCCUGAGGCCCUGAGUCCUGGGGCAGGUCAUGAUUCUUGGGGUUAGAUGGGCUCAGGUGCUUAACCAGGGCAUCUACUCAGUACAAACCAAGGGGAAGGCCUUGAGAAGGGCAUAGCCCAGCUGAGAGGCUUCACACAGGAGAAUGAAUUGUGGGGAGAAAGUGACAUAGAAAGAGAAGAUAAAAUAGCUAGAAGGGCUCAUUACAUUCAAUACCGAAAAAUUACAUUCAAGUGCUAACAUCCCCAUUUGAGGUUCCCUUAUUCAACAAAUAUUUGUGUAUUUUUUGAAUGUACUAUGCAGGGAGCCCUGGUGGCACAAUGGUUAAGUGCUCAGCUGCUAACCAAAAUGUUGACGGUUUGAACCCAAUAGCAGCUCCAUGGAAGAAAAGACCUGGCGAUCAGCUCGCAUGAAGAUUUCAGCCUAAGAAACCUUAUGGGGCAGUUCUACUCUCCCUACAGGGUUGCUGUGAUUCUCAAUCCAGUGGAUGGCACACAACAACAACAUGCAAGAUGCUAGGCACACUAAUUUGAGUCAGAUACAGCUUCUGCCUUUAAGCUUACUUUCUUAAAGGCAAUUACAAUAGAGGAGAACAAGUGCUUUACUGAGGAAAGUACUAGGUGCUUGAGAGCACAUCAGAGGACAUUAACCCAGGUUUGAGUUGCCGGGAAAGCUUUCUGAAGGGAAUGAUGUUUAAACUUAGCUCUUCCCUGACAGAAUGGGCUGGGGGGAAGGAGUGGAAGAGGAGAAAGUUCCAAACAGGAAAUAGCACAUCCAGAGGUGUAGAGGCAAGAGAGGCAUAUUUGAGGAAUUGCCUGUGGUUCAGAAUGAAUGGAGCAAAGAAUUUGAAUGAUGCGGUCAGUGGAAGUAGGAAAUGGAAAGACUUGUGGCUGGAAAAGAAGGAAUGGACUGAGUCCUGAAGGGCCUUCUUAGCUACAGUCACAUAUUUGACUUUAUCCUUAGGGCAAUGGGAAACUAUACAGUUUUUGAGUGGGGUAUGACAGGAUUAGGUGUCAGAUUCCAAGUAAGAAGUUUUGGUGGUUUGAACUAGGAUGGUGGAGCUAGGGACAGGGAAGCGUGGACAGAUAGGAGACAUGGUCAAGAUUGACUGUGGAGGAACAUCAAUAGAGAGGAAGUGUUCUCUGAUAACUCAAAGGUAUCCAACUUGGGGAACUGGAUGGACAGAGGAAAUCUAGAACUAUAGAGGAAAACGAUGUUUGGGUUUGAAUGUUGUAAAAAUGGUGCAGUGGAGGCAUCUGAUCUCCUCUAACUUCGUAAGGGGGAAGGAUAAUCAAGAUCAACAACCCAAGGCUGACUCCUACGAGGCAGAGUUCACACAUGCCUCCUCUCUCCACCAUUUUUACCAAUUCUGACACCAACUGUGCCUCCCAUGACACUGUCUACUUCUGUGCUGGGUUUGAUAAUCAUUAUAAUGGCCACACAGAACUAACAGACAAUACUCAUGAUUAUGGCGUUUAUUAAGGAAGUGACAGGUUACAGUUCAGGUUCAGGAAUGCUCAGGACAUAGUUCUUCCAUCAGGACAGCCUCUUCUUAGCCGUGCCGCAGGCAUACCUCUCUCUGGCCCCUUGGCCUCUGCCCUACUCAAACAAGCAUUACAAAGCUCUUUUAGCUCUGCUGAUAAGCGCCCAGAGGCCUCCCACUCCGCCAGUAAGCCCCUGCCAGAAGGCACUCAGCUCUAGCUCAAUGGAUCGGCAAACCUAGCUCCCUUCACCAAGUGCCCGGAGACACCCUACUUUGCCAGCAAGCCUCCUGCCCAAAGGCACUCAGCUUUCUCUCUUCAUGGGCUGGGAAGCCCACCACGCUGUCACCUGCUGGUCUCUCCUGUUGCUGUUUCUCUGCUACCACUUCUCACAGUCUUCAGUGUUUCAGCUCUCUCUCUGUCUCCAGGUACCAGGAGCUUCUCAGUGCAGGGAUCCUUAGUUCAAAGUAUGUGCUCCACUCUUGGCCCUUCUUCCUUGAUGGUGGUGAGAUCCUUUCCUUAUCUCUGGAAUGGCUCAUUCUUAAGCCUAGCGGGAUGGCAAAACUGACCAAUCCCCUUAGCGGGCCACAAUUAUUUUAUUUGCACCGUCCCACCCAAUUGCUUUGGUGGGAGUUACAAGACCAUGGUGAGAAAGGCCACACAAAAGCAAGCCAUCGCACCACAGACAUGUAGAAUUUGAGGUGCUUGUGGGAUACUAUCCCAAGAGGUGAUGCCUCUGAAGCACAGAACAAAGACCCAAAUUAGACAUGUAGUUCAGAUUCAGGAGUCCUCAGCACAUAGGAUUACUGAAACAUGGCUGGGUAAGGGAUAGACAAUGGAAACAAGACUCACAAAGAAGGCAGUGGCUGGAAAGGUAGAAGGAAAGCCAUAAGGCUCUUCAGCUACAGACUUAGGUAGUUGUAUUGCAGUUCUGGAAUAAUUCAUUCAUUUAUUCAACGUGUUUCAGUGGAGCAUCUGUUCUAUGGAAGGUAUUAUUCUAAGUGCUGAUGAUACAGCAAUGACUAGGACGUUGCCGUUCCUAUGCAGUUGAUGUUUGUUCUAAUUGGAAUAAAGACAAACAAGUAACCAAAUACAUAAUUUCAGAUACUAUGAAUGAAAAUAAGAGAGAAUAUGGGGAUACAGAAUGAUGGAGGGGAGAGAGGCUAUUUUGGAUGGGGUAGUUAGGAAAGACUUCUCUUAAGAUUUGACGUGUGAGCAGAGACUUGAAUAAAGUACAGAAUGAGUCAUGGGAACACCUUGGGGAAGAGCAUUCCAGGCAGAGGAAACAGCAAGUACAAAGGCCCUGAGGUGAAAAAAAGCUUGGUAGUUUCAAAGAAUAAUGAGGUCACUGCGGCUGGAGGACAAUGAUUGAGGGAGAGAGUGGUAGGAACGAUGUCAGAGAGGAUGGCUAGGGCCAGCUUCUGUUGGGCCUGGUGGGCUAUGACAGAGGGUUUGGGUUUUAGUCUAAGUAUGAUGGGAAGCUAUUGGAGGGUUGACAGUAGGAGAUUAACAUGAUUUUUUUUUUAUUGUGCUUUAAGUGUAAGUUUACAAAUCAAGUCAGUUUCUCAUACAAAAACUUAUAUACACCUUGCUAUAUACUCCUAGUUGCUUUCCCCCUGAUGAGACAGCACAUUCCUUCCCUCUACCCUGUGUUUCUGUGUUCAUUCAGCCAGCUUCUGUCCCCCUCGGCCUUCACAUCUCCCCUCUAGACAGGAGCUGCCCGGGUAGUCUCAUGUGUCUACUUUAUCCAAGAAGCCCACUUCUCACCAGUAUUAUUUUCUAUCUUAUAGUCCAGUCCAAUCCCUGUCUGCAGAGUUGGCUUCGAGAAUGGUUCCUGUCUUGGGCUAACAGAAGGUCUGGGGACCACGACCUCUGGGGCCGCUCUGGUCUCAGUCAGACCAUUAAGUCUGUUCUUUUUACGAGAAUUUGGGGUCUGCAUCCCACGCUCUCCUGCUCCUUCAGGGAUUCUCUGUUGUGCUUCCCUGUCAU